AUGUCGUUACAACGAUUGUCACGAUUGUCAAAAAUUCUAAAUGUAUUUGCAACAUCGCGAGAUCCAAGUGAACUACUUUAUUAUUGGAUUGUUUGGCGAAAUGUAACUGGAUUAGCGUUUGCUGAUGAAUUGCAAUUAAUUUAUGACAAUAACAAUGAAAUUGCUUCGCUACUUGGUUAUCAAAAUGCCGCAGAAAUGUGGGCAGCCGAUUAUGCAACAUCUAAUUUCGAGGAAACAAUAAUGAAGCUAUGGACGGAAAUAAAACCACUUUAUGAUCAAUUACACGCAUACGUGAGAAGAAAACUUGGUAUAUUUUAUGGAAGUCGACUGAUAAGUGAGAAUGGGACAAUUCCUGCUCAUUUACUUGGUAACAUGUGGGCUCAAAAGUGGGAUAUAUACGAUUUAGUAGUUCCUUUUAACACUCAUAAUUUUACUAAUAUAACAACAUUACUUUUGCAAAAGAAAUAUACAAUACAACGUAUGGCAAAAGAAGCUGAUGAAUUUUUUCAGUCAAUGAGUUUUACAAAAUUAAAUAAUAAAUUUUGGGAAAAAAGUAUUUUGCAACGAGAAAAUAGAAGUAUGUCUUGUCAAGCAUCGGCAUGGGAUUUAUUUACAGGAAGAGAUUUUCGAUUGAAGAUGUGCUUGAAAGUUAACGGUGAUGAUUUUGUAACACUACAUCAUAAUCUUGCUCACGUACAUUAUUUUAUGGAAUACAAAAAUCAACCAAUUGCCUUUCGAGACGAACCAAAUCCAGGCUUUCAUGAGGCAAUUGCCGAUUUAUUUACGUUAACUUUUUUCAACUCAAGGCAUUUAAAAAAAUUGGGCCUUCAGAAACAUUCAUCGACGGAUAAUAAAACAACGAUAAAUUAUCUUUUUCAAAUGGCACUUCAAAAAAUUGUUGUACUACCUUAUUCAAUUGUCCUUGAUCUUCAUAGAUGGAAUAUUUUCAAAAAACGUUAUGAUGUCAGUAAAUUUAAUUGUGAAUGGUGGAAACUAAGAGAAGAACUUCAAGGUAUAAGCCCCCCUGUGGAGAGGGGCAAAAAUAAUUAUGAUCCAGCUUCAAAAUUUCACAUAAUUGCUAACAAGCCUUAUAUAAGCUAUUUUGUGAGUACAAUUCAACAAUUUCAAUUAUUUAAAGCUGUUUGCAUAAUGGCCGAUGAAUACGAUCAAGAAAAGAGUAGAAAUUCAUCCAAGGGACUUCACAAUUGUGACUUCUCGGGAAAUAAGGAAGUUGGAGAAGUUCUUAAAUACACAAUGUCUAUGGGAAGUUCAAUUUCAUGGCAAAGAAUUAUGCAAAUGGCAACGGAUGAAAAUAAAUUAUCGGCAAAACCACUUUUAGAAUUUUUUCAACCACUUAUGGAUUAUCUUCAAAAUGAAAAUAGAAAAAAUAAACAAUAUAUCGGUUGGAUUAAAUCAAAUAAUAAUAAUCUUUGUCGAGAAUCAAUUGUACGUCCAUGA